AAUAUCUUAUUCCCUAAACAUUAAAUUACUGAAUACAAUAUAAAAAUGCCAAUAAACAAUUGGUUGGUUGCUUGGCUGCCAAGAAAAUUUCACCCUUAGCUCCCCUAUAUAAGGAGCCUCCAGAGAAUUCAAAGUGGCAAAGAAAAAAGAAAAUGGCAGAUCGAAUUAAGAUGGGAGAAGAAGUGAAGGUGCUGGGAGUGUGGGGUAGCCCAUUCAGCAAGAGGGUGGAGAUUGCCCUUAAACUCAAGGGCAUACCCUACGACUCCAUAGAAGAAGAAGACGUAUAUGGCAAGAAAAGCGAGUUGCUGCUGAAGUCCAACCCGGUUCACAAGAAGAUUCCGGUUUUCUUCCAUGCCGGAAAAUCCAUCGCCGAGUCACUUGUGAUUCUUGAGUACGUGGAUGAGACAUGGAAGUCCAAUCCCAUCUUGCCUCAAGAUCCAUAUCAGAGAGCCAUGGCUCGUUUCUGGGCUAAGUUCAUUGAUGAAAAGUGCAUGCUUGCAAUUUGGAAAACUUAUCAAGGUGAUGGCAAAGCAUUGGAAGAAGCACAUGGUUAUCUAGAAAUACUUGAAAAUGAGCUCAAAGAUAAGAGAUUUUUUGGAGGAGAGUCAAUUGGAUUCGUGGAUAUCGCUGCCAUCUUCAUAGGAUAUUGGAUGGGAGCAAUUGAAGAAACGCACACAGUAAAAUUGUUGACAAAUGAAAAGCAUCCCAACUUGUGCAAAUGGUCUGAAGAGUUUGUCGGUGUUGUCAAGGAGUAUCUACCUCCUAGGGAUAAACUAGUUACUUUCUUCAAAACUCUCUUCAAGACUACCCAUGGUUCUAAAUAAAUACCAAUGGCUAUUACACCGAUAUAAUUAGAUAUCCCGUUUUCUAUUAUUACUUAUUUUGUGUAAUUUUACUAUAUAUGUCCUACAAUAAAUAUGCAGCAAGUCUUGAGGUGUUAUAUUGAGUUUAGCUUAUAUUUCUACUUGUUAAAUGAAUCAUAUGCUUAUAACAUAUUAUGUUUU